GAAACUAUAGGAAUAAUUUAAUGUAUUGUGUAUAUAUAUUAAAAAAAUAUUGAAACUCAGAUUAAUCCAACGACGACCAUCAAAUCUCACCUUCCAAACAGAAAACACCAACCAAACCCUAACCUAAACGACCAUUCCCUCCUUCCCCUCUCUUUCUCUCUCUUCUCUCUCUCUCCACCGCUAAUCUCCGCCGUCCGAUUCUUCUGAUCCACCACCCGAUCCACAAAGGUUCCAACCUCCUUCGCCAAGAUCUCAUUGCACGCGCCUCUCACACUGGACCACGCGCCUGCUACCGCUUCCAUCAUGGUCGUGAGCGGAGGGAAGCCUUUGAAACGCAUGAAGAGGAGAGUCACCGCUGAUUUCUACGAUUUUCUGUCGUUUCCCUCGCCGUCUCUCGCUGUGUCGGAGAACUACGCCGGCGGACCCUUCCGCACCAACGUCCGCUCCUUCCUCACCAAGCACGCACUGCUCCCGCCACCGUCGGCGCUGUUUCCGCACCUGCUGACGUGGCAGAUCCUCUUCCGCAUCGGCGAGCUCACCGACAGCCCCGAAUCGGGACCGCCGGUGGUGUGCCUCGACGUCGUGGAGGAGGACGUGGCCAGAUCUAGAUCCAUUUACUGCGAUCAGUGCCGAGUUUUCGGGUGGAGCGGCCACCCCGUGUGCGGGAAACGUUACCAUUUUAUUAUCAAAGCCGAUGGGAGCUCUAUUGGUGGGUAUCACAAGCCAUGUAUGUGCUGUGGGGACAUCUUGCAUUUGUCAGAAUCAAAAUGCAAGUCUUGCAACCAUGUGACUACCACUGAUGAUGUUGAAGACUGGGUGUAUAACCAAUUAGAGAACACGACUCAUCUUUUGCAUGGCGUAGUCCAUGCCAAUGGAUAUGGGCACCUUCUUCGAGUUAAUGGCAAAGAAGGGGGCUCUAGAUUUCUUUCUGGUUGUCAUAUUAUGGAUUUUUGGGAUCGCCUAUGCAAGACUCUUGGAGUCAGAAAAGUUAGCGUAAUGGAUGUUUCAAAGAAAUAUGGGCUAGAGUACCGCUUGCUCCAUGCGAUUAUGAAGGGACAUCCGUGGUAUGGUGACUGGGGUUAUAAAUUUGGAUCUGGUAGCUAUUGUCUCACAUAUGAAGCGUACAAGUCUGCUAUUGAAAGCCUAUCCAAUCUACCCUUGUCCACCUUCUUUUCCCCGGGACAAAUGCCCCACUCUCGUGUGCAGGACAUGAUCUCAUAUUACCAGUCUUUGUCAGAGCAUGAACUUGUAAAUAUAAGGGACCUCUUUUGUUUUUUGAUGAGUUUGAUUGACGAUGCCCGCAAGAAUGCAUCAAAUGUUGAUGACAAAACCUUCAAGAAGCGUCGUUUUAAUGCUUCUGGGGAUAGUUCUUGGGAGAAGAGUGACGUUGAAUAUGUGGAGGAAGCCAUGCUCAGAGUACUGCGUGCAGUGUCUGGGUCUAAUUGGGUGAGCUGGCGUGCUCUUAGGGGUGCAGUGUGCAAGGUGGCCUCUCCAGAGCUGCUUGAUUAUUGCCUUGGAAAACUGGGAGGGAAGGUGGUCUAUGGUGGAAUGGUUGUUAAUAGUCGAUGCAAUCCUCAAACUGGAGUUUAUGAGUUCAGGCUCGAGGGUGCAAGCAGUUCUUGCUAUGGAAUUUUAACAAACAAUAACGCUUCAGGCUCAAAGUAUCCAUCUGAAGAGAACCUCCUUCAAUGCUUGAGAUACUUAUAUGAUUCUCUGCUUCAACCUCAAACGAUGCUAACCUAUGUUGAAGAAGGGAAAAGAACUCUUGCAAUGAGCUCAGCUCAAAAGCUUCUUGACUGCAAGCAGUUUGUGAAAGAUUAUAGUCCUGAGAUGUUGCCAAUGUCAGAUUUGGAUAAGUUACGCAUCUCGUGUCAGGUUGAACUUAUAGAUGAAUCUGAAGAUUCUGCAGCUAGAACUCCGCCAGAAUUAAUAGUGUUGCCUAUGAAUGCCAUGGUGGCUGACCUUAAGUUUGAAGCUGCAAAUGCUUUUCAAGAUGUUUAUCUAAUGUUCAGAAGAUUUCAAGUUGAUGAGCUACUUGACUAUAGAGGUGUAGACGAUUCCACCCAGGUCAAGCUCUUGUUAGGAUCGAAAGAUGCGGUUUGUGUCCGUGGAAGAUGCAUUGGGAAGAACGGAUUGAAUAAGUUCCGAAUGGAACGGGGACUUGAGAGGUGGACAGUAGAUUGCAGCUGUGGGGCUAAGGACGAUGAUGGAGAGAGAAUGUUGGCUUGUGACAUAUGUGGGGUGUGGCGGCACACUAGGUGUUCUGGCAUCCAUGAUGCUGAUCCUGUUCCAGCACGUUUUGUUUGCCCGAGAUGCCAAAACUGUGAAUCUAAACCUAAAUCUAGUGGGCUCUGCAAAGACGAGACUGUGAGUGUCGUUAGUACUAGUGUAGCAGUUGCUUCGGAAACGGCUCGCAAGUGCCAUCCAAUGUUCAUUAAGUCAUACGAUUAGAUGUGUAUGAAAAGUUCUUUUGUUUCUCUUUAUUUUGCUUGGGCCUGAAAGAACCUGUACAUAACAGAUGGGCCUUAGGGGGAUGGCUUCAGGGAUAGGGCAUGUCUUGUUCAUCUUUCAGGUUCUACCUUCGUUAGUUUAUUUUGUGUAUAUAAUGAAAUGACUGACGGAAACGUGGAGGGGGAAAAGAGAAUAUUCAUCUUUUUUUUUUUGUUUGGAUAUAGGAUCUUAGAAGAUUCAUGCUAGCCUAGUAGCAACAUUAAUGAUGUAACUAACAAGUUGGUUAAAAUGAGUUGUUUUGAGUCCCAUUUCAUUUUAUUUU